GAAGCGAAGCUAGCUCGGCUCGGCGGCGUAUGGUAGCCGCAGCGCCGCCACAAUGUCCUUUUUCACGCUCGAGGAGCGAACCUUUCGCAACGGAAGCCAAAAUGCGGCUUGUAUGGAGUGAACGCGCGUCGAGAGCCGUCGUCUCCUUUGGGUUUUGAGAGCGCAAAUGAUGGACUGGACGCUGAGCAGCCGGGCCCUGCUGUGCUGCUUUUUGCUUUACUCCGCCGCUCUGCCACUAAAGGUGUUUUCCAGUGCCAGCACAGUUUCGCUGCCUGAAAGUUUGCUCUUUGUGUCCACCCUGGAUGGAAACCUGCAUGCCGUGAGCAAGAAGUCUGGCUCAAUCAAAUGGACGCUGAAAGAAGAUCCAGUUCUUCAGGUCCCCACGCAUGUUGCAGAGCCGGCUUUUCUGCCUGACCCCAAUGAUGGCAGUCUGUAUUCUCUGGGUGGAAAGAACAACGAAGGCCUCACUAAAUUACCAUUCACUAUUCCUGAGUUGGUGCAAGCGUCUCCCUGCCGCAGUUCCGAUGGAAUCCUUUACAUGGGCAAAAAGCAGGACCUUUGGCAUGUGGUGGACCUGCUGACUGGCGAGAAGCAGCAGACGCUGACGUCGUCCUUUGCCGACAUGCUGUGUCCGUCCUCAUCUCUGCUCUAUCUGGGACGCACAGAAUACACCAUCACCAUGUAUGACACCAAAAGCCGAGAGCUGCGCUGGAACGCCACCUAUUCGGACUACGCCUCCACCCUUCCCGAUGACGACACCAAGUACAAGAUGGCCCAUUUCGUGUCUAACGGCGACGGCCUGGUUGUGACGGUGGACAGCGACUCGGGCGACGUCCAGUGGGUCCAGAACUACAACUCGCCGGUGGUGGCCAUGUACAUCUGGCAGCGCGAGGGCCUCCGCAAAGUCGCCCACACCAACGUGGCCGUGGAAACGCUGCGCUACCUCACGUUCAUGUCUGGAGAGGUGGGCCGCAUCACCCAGUGGAGGUACCCCUUCCCCAAGGAGCAGAAGAAGCCAGACAAUAAGUUGAUGGACACUUUGUAUGUGGGUAAAUACUCGACCAGCUUGUAUGCGUCCCCCUCCCUGGUGCAUGACGGCGUCACAGUGGUGCCUCGAGGCAGCACCUUCCCCAUGCUGGAAGGUCCAGACGGGCAGGAGGCGGACGAGGACAAAGAGUGCGUCAUCACGCCCAGCACCAGCGUCAAGUUCAACGCUGCGCUCCGCCAGCGAAACCGCAUCAACUAUAUGCGCAACUACCUGCUGCUCAUCGGUCAUCAUGAGACGCCUCCCGAAGCUCACAACAAGAUCCUGGAAAGAUUCCCUGACAGCUUUCCUCGUAACCAGGGCAACGUCAUUCCACCUACCAGCAACAAGAAACCUGAGGAGAAUGUGAAGAACGUUGUCAUGGAUGACAUUCCGCCUUCUCCCAUGCCGGAAAUAUCAGUUCAAGAACCCGGGCUGAGCGGUCGCACUGUGCGCCCGGAAGCCUCUGUGGACUCCAUGCUGAAGGACAUGGCCACCAUCAUCUUUUGCACCUUUCUCCUGGCGGGCUGGGUGGCCUUUGUGAUCACGUACCCCAAGAGCGUCCACAAGCAGCAGCAGCUGCAGCAUCAGGAGUUCCAAAGGCAGAUGGAGGAGAGGUUGGAGCUGCUGCAGAGGCAGCAGCCUUUCCCCCCUGCGGACAUGUCGUUCCCUCUGGUCCCGGACGGCGACUACCUGGAAGUGGCUCACGCUCGCUCGGAAUGCUCGGACCACAGCAGCCCGAACGUCACCCCGCGUGCCUCCAACCACUCCGAUCUCUCCGUUUCGGAGCUGGGCAGCUCUGCCAAUGAACACGAGGAAGGAGACGACGACUCCAACAUUGUCAGAGUGGGCAACAUAACGUUCCAUCCCAAACAAGUGUUGGGCCAUGGUGCUGAAGGUACCAUUGUGUACAAGGGCCAGUUUGACAACCGCGCGGUGGCGGUGAAAAGACUCCUGCCGGAGUGCUUCAGCUUCGCAGACCGCGAAGUUCAGCUGCUGCGGGAGUCGGACGAGCACCCGAAUGUCAUUCGCUACUUCUGCACCGAGAGGGACCGCCAGUUCCAGUACAUCGCCAUCGAGCUGUGCGCCACCUCCCUUCAAGAGUACGUGGAGAUGAAGGAUUUUGACCGACAUGGACUGGAGCCGGUUAUGCUGCUUCAGCAGGCCGUGUCCGGACUGGCUCAUCUGCACUCGCUCAACAUAGUUCACCGAGACCUGAAACCUCACAACAUCCUGGUGUCCGUGCCGAACGCCCACGGGCGGGUCCGGGCAAUGAUCUCGGACUUCGGCCUGUGCAAGAAGUUGGCGGUGGGCCGGCGCAGUUUCAGCAGAAGGUCCGGAGUGCCGGGGACGGAGGGCUGGAUCGCUCCCGAGGUGCUCAGUGAGGACUGCAAAAACAACCCGACCUGCGCCGUUGAUAUCUUCUCUGCCGGAUGCGUGUUCUACUACGUGGUGUCUCAAGGUCGCCACCCGUUUGGCAAAUCCCUGCAGAGGCAAGCCAACAUCCUGCUGGGAACGUACAGCCUGGACCAUCUGCAAACCGACACGCACGGCGACAUUGUAGCCCGAGACCUAAUCGAGCAGAUGUUGAGCGUGGAGCCUCAUCUGAGGCCCUCGGCAGAGUGUGUUCUCAAACACCCGUUCUUCUGGAGCCUGGAGAAGGAACUGCAGUUCUUCCAGGACGUGAGCGACAGAAUCGAGAAGGAGCCGCUGGACGGAGCCAUCGUGAGGCGGCUGGAGCGAGGAGGGCGGCCUGUGGUCAAGAGUGACUGGAGGGAGCACAUCACAGUGCCGCUGCAGACGGACCUGAGAAAGUUUCGUUCCUACAAAGGCGGCUCAGUCAGAGACCUCCUUCGCGCAAUGAGGAACAAGAAACAUCAUUACCGGGAGUUGCCCGCCGAGGUCCAGGAGACUCUGGGCUCCAUCCCCGACGACUUUGUUUCCUACUUCACGUCCCGUUUCCCCCACCUGCUAAUGCACGCGUACCUGGCCAUGCGGACCUGCGCCACGGAGAGGCUUUUCCUGCCUUACUAUUCCAAAAUGGCAAAAGUGGACCACGCCCCAACAGACACGUCACACCCCCAAGAAUCCACACAUUCGUCGCCGCACGAGCCCGCCGCUUCUUCAGACCCGCCGGCCGAGACCGGCGAAGCGUCACCGUCGGACCCGCACUGUCGCGCGCUUGCCUCGGAACCCCCGACGUGGCACGUCGGGCCCGACGGGUCCGGUCCGGCAUACGCGCAGCAGCCUGCGGACGGCGGAGCGGCGUGAACGCGCUCGUUCGGCGCAGGAACCGGGAGCUUCGCCUUAAAUGUCGCAGGCCAAUCGCCGCUUUUGUGUGCCGGCGGCGACCGGGCCUGCAGUGCCCGGGAGCCGCUCGCCCGCGACGGCCGCUGCGCCCCGCAUUUAAUAAGUGCCUUCCUUAACAGAACCAUCCGCAAGGUUGACAACCACAUCGCUUGUUGGAUUUUGUGUCGUAGCUGAACUGAGCAUUUUAUAAGUCCAAAAAUAUUAUUUGUCCCAAAAAUGUCCGGCCUUCUAUUGUGGGAAUUAUUGACAGUUAUUGUUAAACGUGGGGUAGUUAUACAGGUAUUAUUGCAAUGCUGUAUUUUAUCAGUGAGUUUGUUCACUGCACAGAUACUGUAUGAAUAUUUUUUAUAAACUUGAUCCAUGUGGCAAAUGUGCCUUUUUUUUUUUUCCUUUUUUAAUAACUUGACAAAAUGAAAAACAAGACGCGUCACUGUGCUGUAUGGCUACAGAUGGUUCAAAUGGACUCUUUGGAAGCUGCUUGUUAAGCUGCUCGCGCUUCUUUUUUGUCAAUCAAGACUUGUGCGGAUGGGCUACAAAAGGGACUGUCCUCUGAGGUUUUCAGGAUCGGAACACUGUACUGCAGGUUUUUUUUUUAAAUAAUGAUGUGAUUAUUCAACUUUGACUUUUAAGGUCAGUCUGCAGAGAGCUUGUGCUUUGGAACUUUCCACACGCGUCUUAAGUGCAGUUGGUGAC